AUGGCACAGCGCGGCAGAAGCAGCGCAGCGGCUGAAAGUUUUGGGGAAAGCGGGUCAUCAUUACAUAAGUCUAUAGAAAUUGAAUCCGCUGACGUGAUCCGUCUGAUUCAGCAAUACCUCAAAGAGAACAACCUCGGACGAACUUUACGAGCAUUGCAGGAGGAAACUUCAAUCACACUCAAUACUGUAGAUUCCGUGGAGAGCUUCAUGGCAGACAUUAAUCAGGGUCAUUGGGACACUGUACUGAAGGCUAUCCAAACCCUCAAACUACCUGACAAGAAACUUAUUGAUUUGUAUGAGCAGGUUGUUCUUGAGUUAAUUGAGCUGCGAGAACUAGGAGCAGCUAAGUCUGUCCUUCGCAACACUGAUCCUCUCAUAAUGCUCAAACAAACUCUACCAGAAAGAUAUGUUCAUCUGGAAAACUUGAUAGCACGUUCCUACUUUGAUCCACGUGAGGCUUACCCAGAAGGUGUGACAAAAGAGCGUCGAAGAGCAGCCAUUGCAGCAGCACUUGCAGGAGAAGUUUCUGUUGUGCCUCCUUCACGUUUAUUGGCUCUUUUGGGACAAGCCUUAAAAUGGCAGCAACACCAGGGAUUAUUACCCCCAGGUACUCAGAUUGAUUUGUUCCGAGGUAAGGCAGCCAUGAGAGAGCAAGAGGAUGAGAAGGUUCCUACCCAACAAGCACGUUUCAUACGCUUUCCCCAGAAGGCUCACGUCGAGAGUGCACAUUUCAGCCCUGAUGGACAAUACCUUGUCACGGGAAGCUUUGAUGGUAUCAUAGAAGUCUGGAAUUUUACAACUGGUAAGAUUCGCAAAGAUUUGAAGUAUCAAGAGAAAGAUUCAUACAUGAUGAUGGAAGCGGCCGUUUUGAGCCUGGCGUUCAGCCGAGACUCAGAGAUGCUGGCAAGCGGGUCACAAGGAGGUCAAGUCAAGGUAUGGAGAGUAAGCACUGGGCAGUGCUUACGUAAAAUAGAAAGAGCACAUUCUGAAGGUGUAACUUCACUUGCUUUUAAUAAAGACAACAGUCAAGUAAUGUCCACCUCAUUUGACAAUACAGUAAGAAUCCAUGGGCUAAAAUCUGGCAAGACCUUGAAGGAGUUCCGAGGGCAUUCAUCCUUUGUCAACCAGGCAACCUUUACACAAGAUGGUCAUAACAUAAUAAGUGCCUCAUCAGAUGGAACUGUGAAGGUGUGGUCUGUCAAAACUACAGAGUGCAUCGCAACCUUCAAAUCAUUAGCUGGUGUAACGUCAACAGAUCUUCCAGUGUAUUCUGUCCACAUUCUGCCGAAGAAUCCUGAUCACAUUGUUGUUUGUAAUCGCUCCAAUACUGUCACUAUAAUGAACAUGCAGGGCCAGACAGUGCGUUCUCUGUCUUCUGGUAAAAGAGAAGGUGGUGACUUUGUGGUGUGUGUUGUGUCACCCCGUGGUGAGUGGAUCUUCUGUGUCGGUGAAGAUCAUGUUUUGUACUGCUUCUCUACGUCCACUGGAAAGCUAGAGAGAACACUUAAUGUACACGAGCAGUCUGUGAUUGGAAUGACCCACCACCCUCAUCAGAAUCUGCUUGCUACAUAUAGUGAAGAAGGUCUUCUAAAGCUGUGGAAGCCAUAAUUACAUUUUUCCAAGUCUCCCAUUUGGACAUUUUUUGACCACUGGAAUCUACUGUCCACAGAGAUGGUCUUAAAUUAUGAAAGUCAUCAUUGCAUUUUCCUAGUCUCUUAUAUUCAUUUUAAUUAGUUAAAUUGCUUGUGUUGAUUUACUGAAAUAAUUUUAUAAAGUGUCAUAGCAGUUAACAUUUGAAUUAACUCAAAGAGAACACAUUCACUGGCACUCACACUGUAGCUCUGUUCUCAUAGCACAUAAGAAAUGAUGUAUUUUUAAUUUUUGGUAUAAGCAGGUUUCUCACUAAUGGUACUGAAUAUUGAUAUUUGAUGAGGUCUAGCUACGUAGAAAAGAAGUAAGAAUGCUUCAGUUGAAAACACAGUACUGUACUGUAUUUGUUGAGAUAAAGAACAUUAUCUAUGGAGGAAAAGAAGGAAAUGUACGAGAGUGUAGUGGUACCCACACUCUUAUAUGGAUUUGAAGUAUGGGUUGUGAAUAGUUGCAGCAAGGAGGAGGCUGGAGGCAGUGGAGCUGUCUAUGUCUAAGGGCAAUUUGUAAAAAAUAUUAUGCAGAUAAUUCUUUCUUUCAACACACCAGCCGUAUCCCACCGAGGCGGGGUGGCCCAAAAGGAAAAAUGAAAGUUUCUCCUUUUACAUUUAGUAAUAUAUACAGGAGAAGAGGUUACUAGCCCCUUGCUCCCGGCAUUUUAGUCGCCUCUUACAACACGCAUGGCUUACGGAGGAAGAAUUCUGUUCCACUUCCCCAUGGAGGUAAGAGGAAAUAAACAAGAACUAGAACUAGAAAGAAAAUAGAAGAAAAUCCAGGGUGGUGUGUAUAUAUAUGUUUGUACAUGUAUGUGUAGUGUAACCUAAGUGUAAGUAGAAGUAGCAAGACGUACCUGAAAUCUUGCACAUGUAUGAGACAGAAUAAAAAGACACCAGCAAUCCUACCAUCAUGUAAAGCAAUUACAGGCUUCUGUUUUACACUCACUUGGCAGGAUGGUAGUACCUCCCUGGGCGGUUGCUCUUUUUUUUUUUUUUCCGCCGGUACUCUGCCGGCCCGGGUCUUUUCCAAGAGUCGUGACCCGGCCUUGGCUCCCUAUCUGGGGAGUAUCUCGAGACCUAAGUCUCCCAUGGGAGGAGGUACAAGUACUCCCUCAUCUUUGGGACCAACUGUCCCCAGGCCUAGCCACAGUCCCCGCCCUCACGGGGCUCAUAGGGAGAAGCUAGGCCUCUGGUCUGCCAUCUGCCCCGCCCCAAAGGGGCUUGUGGGGAUGGCAGUCUUGUGAGCUGUAGGUGGUAGCAAGCUCAGGUCUUGUUCCACAAAAAAAGGCUGUCUACCAACCUACUACCUAGAGCAGAUAAUUCAUAUUGUGUAAAUUAGGAGGAGGUGUGGAAUUACUAAAAGCAUUGAGGAAAUGGUAUUGUGAUACUGACAAGAUGUGGAAAAAGACACUUAUGUACAGCUCAGGAUGCUAAUAAGUGUCCUGAACUGUACAUAAGUGUCUUUUUCCACACUAAAAGCAUUCUUCAGAGAGCUGAGGAGGGGUGGAGCAAAACAGGAUGACUUGGAACAUGUAUAAAUCUGUAGUGGAGGGGAGGGGUAGGAGUCAUCAUAGGAAAGGAUGGAGGGAGGGAGUAAAAGAGGUUGUCUGUGCAAGGGGUUUGGACAUAAGCAGACGUAUGUUAGCAUGUUAGAUAGGAGUGAGUGGAGACGAAUGGUUUUUGGGACUUGAUGAGCUGUUUGGUGUGUGAACAGAGUAAUAUUUUGUGAAGGGAUUCAGAGAAAACGGUUAGCUUUACUCAAAUUCUGGAGGUGAGAAGUAUAAUACCUGCACUUUAAAGGAGGGGUUUGGGAUAUUUGCUGUUUAUAGUGACCUCUAAACUCUCAUAUCUGUGCAACUCUGCAAAGACAGUGAUAGUGUGAAUGAUGAUGAAAGUGUUUCUGUUUUUUUAGGUCACCCUGCCUCAGUGGAGAAGGCCAGCAUACUAAAAAAAAAAUUAUUUAGGGAAAGAACUUUAAAUGUUGAUAAUUAACCCACAAGCAAUCAGUCAGUCAGUAUAUAUUUCCACAUUGUACAAACCAUGUAUCAAGUUGGAUGGCAUUACAUCAGUCAUGUGGAAAGCCCCUUAGUUAUACAGAGCAUUUUGUACAAGCUUAAACCUAACUUCUAGAAGAACCAGAGUGUUUUAAAAAUAUGUACAUGUACAAGAUGUAAAUGAUAUUCACAAUAAAAGAGAUUAAAUGUACAGUCAAACCUAGGUUUUCAUAUGUUUUCAUAGUUUGUAUGUAAAACUAUAGUUAUUCUCUAUAAAAUGUAUAUUUUGUUAAUAUUUUUUGGGUGUAAUGGAUUAAUUGGAUUUACAUUAUUUCUUAUGGGAAAUAUUGCUUCAGUUUUCGUAAGAUUUGGGUUUUCGUCAGACUUUUUCGAAUGGAUUAAUCACGAAAACCAAGGUUCCACUGUAUAUGAAUUAAAUGCAUAUGAAGCAGAUGAAAUCAUAGCAAGGUACAUGGUAAUAAAAACCUUAGAUUAUACUUAAUUAAAAUUAUUCAGUUAAUCAAAAAAAAAAAUUCUAAUAAAAAUUACAAUAUAGGUGAAACUAGUAAUGUGAAUUAUUUAAAAAUUUUAUGAAAUAGUACUUUACAUAUAUGUAACAAGACAUUAAUGAUCUUUCAACGAACCGGCCGUAUCCCACCAAGGCAGAGUGGACCAAAAGGAAAAAUGAAAGUUUCUCCUUUUAAAUUUAAUAAUAUAUACAGGAGAAGGGGUUACUAGCCCAUUGCUCCCGGCAUUUUAGUCGCCUCUUAUGACACACAUGGCUGAUGGGGGAAGAAUUCUGUUCCACUUCCCACUGGAGAUAAGUGAAAAUAAACAAGAAUAAGAACUACUAUGAAAAUAGAAGAAAAACCAGAAGGAUGUGUAUAUAUAUGCUUGUACAUGCAUGUGUAGUGUGACCUAAAAUGUAACUAGAAGUAGCAAGAUGUACCUGAAACCUUACUUUUUUUUUUUUUUCAACAAACCGGCCAUAUCCCACCAAGGCAGGGUGGCUCAAAAAGGAAAAUGAAAGUUUCUCUUUUUAAAUUUAGUAAUUUAUACAAGAGAAGGGGUUACUGACCCCUUGCCCCCGGCAUUUUAGUCGCCUCUUACAACACGCAUGACUUGCAGAGGAAGAAUUCUGUUCCACUUCCCCAUGGAGAUAAGAGGAAAUAAACAAGAACAAGAACUAGAAAGAAAAUAGCAGAAAACCCAGAGGGUUGUGUAUAUGUAUGUGUAGUGUGACCUAAGUGUAAGUAGAAGUAGCAAGACGUACCUGAAAUCUUGCUUGUUUAUGAGACAGAAAAAGGACACCAGCAAUCCUACCAUCAUGUAAAACAAUUACAGGUUUCUGUUUCACACUCAUUUGGCAGGAUGGUAGUACCUCCCUGGGUGGUUGCUGUCUACCAACCUACUACCUCCAACAUUAAUGAUAUUCAAAGUAAAAUCAAUUUAAUGAGAAUGACCCAGAAGUGUAUGCUGCAUAUAAAAUCAUAGCAAAGUACACGAGAAUAAGAAUACUUAGUUUAUAUGGGUUGACCAUUACUAAUCCAGCGUCAUCGGGACCUGCAGGGUGCUGGAUUAGUGAUUUUACCAGAUUACAGAGUGGUUAGGAUAGAAUACACGUAACCCAACUGCGAUAUUUACGCAUCAACGAUUUCACCAAAUUUAUGCCCUAUAUUUAGCCCAUUCCAUUGUUCCAGUCUACCAAACUCAGCUAUUUCACUAGUAUUCCUUCUGUGGACAGAGUAUAAGAAACUGCCCAUUUACCUAUUUCAGCUACCUAAUAAAGUGCUCAGAAAUCGGUAAUUUGGCUAAUUUCACACAAAUUUCAAGAGAUGCCAAUUUCAAAAUAGGGUCCAGCAUAAACAAUGCAGACAUUCCUGGCACUAAAAAAUUUUCUCUGUUCAUUAGUCACUUUCCAUUUUGAAUUUUUAUUCACACAAAAAAUAGAUUUACUGUUAUGUAGACAACUGCAUUAUUAAUGUAAUAAUUGUAUAAAUAAUGUCAACCCAUUUGUGACUGCAUAUCAGACCUGCCAGUUGGACACAUAUUGGACAGUGACAUUUGUUUACUCUUGAACAUCUGCUACUUUGAGCUCAAUUUCAAGGUACUUUCCAUCAUGAAAGAGUCAAAAUCAUAACUAUUUUUGUAAUAUAUCUUCCAUUCUAUGAAAUGAGAUAAAAAAAUUGAGAAUAUAGCCAUAAAAAAAAACAUACAAAAAUACACCACAAAGUUGCUGUUUUACACCAAAAACAUGGUCACAGUUUUUUUUUUCUCUCAUUAUGCACUGAGUGCUGCAGGACUUGUUUUAUAUAGUGAACACUUACCACACAGAUCUAUUCUCUCAUAUGUAGGCCCGAAUUUACCGGUCACAGCUUAUCUGAGUGAGCUGAGCUCAUGGGGACAGACAUUGGCUUCAAAGCCACCUCAUCUUUUAUGGACAAUGCACGGUGUAUGUGCUUUACACAACAAGAAGCAUUUUUUUUAUUCGUUGGAACCAUGACAAGGGCUAAAAGUGAACGGAGAAAAAGAAAUUGGAAUGACUUGUGCAGCAAGUAGCGAAAAGUUGACGUGGCAACCCUGGAAAUUUGAAAUUAUGCUAGCCGAAAUUAGUGCCAGAUUACUGAUGGAACUGGACUACUGAUUGCUGGAUUAGUGAUGGCCAACCUCUACUACAUAUAUUAAACAUAUUCAGUAAUUCAAAAUAAAAUUAUGGUAAAAAUUGCAAUAAGGAUGAAGCUGUUUAACUGAAUUGAUACACAAUAUGGUGAGUCAUUACAUGUGUAUCUAAUAAUAAAUGAGAGUUGAAGGAAGGGCAAAACAAGAACAGGAAUAAUAUUGCAUGAGAGACAGGGUUUCCGGAUUUAUUUGGCAUAAUAAAUUGCCAGGAUCACAUUACAGUAAGGAGGUGCUUUUUAACAGUAGCUCUGAAGUGGUUGGCUGAUAGGGAACCUCUGGAGUCUUAGGCAGAGAGUACCAGAUUUUAGGUCCUUUUAUGUACAUUAAGUUCUUUGACACAAAUUUGGCAAUCUAGGUACAAUUAACAUGCUGGCAGUUUCAUCUGCCUAAAGUCCCACUUGAAGACAUUCCACUACUCAAUUCUGUUAAAUUCUUAGAUAUUUUGCUAAUAUGCCUUCCAUUCCAUCAAUUGAACACAAGAUACCAACCAUUGAACAAUGAGAGUUACCCUAUAAAGUACACACAAUUUGGUAAUUUGGUCUUUUUUUUUUUUUUUUAAGAAAUUCCAAUUUAUAAACAGAAGCCAAAAUAAACACUACAUUUCAGUAACUAAAUCAAGCCAUCCUCUGGAUUUUUUAGCUACUGAAAUCACCCAUGGUCAGUAGUUUUACUUGAGCCCUGUGGGCACUUAUAGCCACGUCAGCUAUGAUGUCAGUCAUUGCAUUGUUGUUGUCUUCAUAUUCUUGCCUCAGUCUCCUAUUGUUAGGUGGUGGAUUGUAUAACACCAAUUACUUGGGUCCUGCAGUCUUAACUCAGCCCACUAUGAAAUCUUGUGUGUCUCAUCUGUGUAUUUCUCAUGCCUCUACAAAGCUCCACUGAUUUCUGAGUAGCAGCACCACUUUUCUGCCUUCCUGUUUCCUCUGUUUUUCUUUCACUUGAUAUACAGAUGGAAAUGUGGCAUUUGAUAUGUAGCUCAGUUUUCUCUCUGUGAUAGCUAUGAUGUAUGGAGUUACUUCAGCUAUUCGUUCCUUCAGCUCGUCACUCAUGUUUGUAUACUAUACUCUUAGCUUACUUUCUUUUACCAUACAUUGGUUUUUUGCUUUCUACUCCCUCUGCAUGUUGCUCAUCUGACAGAUGUGUGGGAAGCAGGGUCUAGGUUAGUGUGCACAUUACCACAGGGGAUGGUCAGGGAAGGGGGAGUUAGAGGGAGAAAUGGCAAAGGGUGAGGAACUGGUGUUAGUGUUGGUGCUGGUAUGAUGAGGGUGGCCCAGAGUUGAUCCAGUAUGGAAAGGGGGUUGGGGUUGUUUGUGGUGGAAUGCUUUGGGAUUGGGAAUUCCCUCCUCAUGGUUCUUUCUCUGCUGCUUACUCUCCAUUUCCUCUCCAUUGCAGACCUGUCCUGAUCUAAGUAUGCACAACUGUUGCAUUGUGUAGUUUUCAGGCACACUUUCCGUUGUAGGACCCUGUCCCAUUCUACAUGGAACCUGAAGGUCACUUUGAGUGUUGUUUGCUUCAGGGGAACCUCCAGAUUCUCCAAAAUUUUGUCACCUGCCCAAUCUCUCUCUCUCCAAUGCACCGGAUGAUAGAUAUAGCCUAGUGUUACUCAUCCUCCCAUCUUCUGUAUCAUGGGCUUCCUUCAGCCUCAGAGGCCAUAGAUCACCAGUAACCUCCCUCUUUCUUCCUCAUGUUGCCUCUCCCUCCAGGUUUCUGUCUUCACCAUUUCACUGGCUGUCUUCUUUAUCAUUUCUUUAGCUUCUCUAUUUUGAGAUCGCAUUUCUGCUAGCGACAUUCCAUCUCUAUUUCCUCUGGUUCCUUCUGCACUCUCUCUCUCUCUCACUCCUAACAUGUUUUUGCCCAUGUUGUCUUCCCUCUCGUUUCUUCUAUGGUAUUUUCAUCCUUAACAUUUUCUCUCUUAACUUUAGAGCUCUUUCUUGUACCACAGUAGCCUUAUUGAUCUUUAAUUUUUUCCCCUUGGUUUGUUACAUAUUAACAAAGUUUUCUUCUGAAGGGUAGCGAAUGUCUCUUCAAACUCCUUUCUCAGAGUUCCUCCCACUAUGGUCCCUUUCAUUCUUUUUAUUUUCUCCUCCAGCUUUAGGGCCCUAUCCUCUGCCAUUUUACCACUAUUUGCUUGUUCAGUAGCCUCUUCCUCCCUAUAGUGCAUGCUCCUUCAGUGUCCCUUCUAAGGUCACUGAGCCUCCCUUUAUAUUCUUUCCUCAGUUGGUUUGACAGUCUUGCUACAUCCAAGAAUAUAUAUCUUGGAUAUACUGAUUCUUCACUUUGUCCUAGAUCACAUCAGAAAACCUAACAUGAGCCAGUAGGCCUUCUGUGAUAGUUUUCUUUAUUACUAUUUCCUUGCCUCUUCCUAGGUGGUAGGUUGGUAGACAGCAACUGCCCAGGGAGGUACUACCAUCCUGCCAGGUGAGUGUGAAGUGGAAGCCUGUAAUUGUCUUAUUUGAUGGUAGGAUUGCUGGUGUCUUUUUUUUUUGUCUCUGAAACAAGCAAGAUUUCAGGUACAUCUUGUUACUCCUACUUACACUUAGGUCACACUACACAUGCAUGUACAAGCAUAUAUAUACAUACCCCUCUGGGUUUUCUUCUAUUUUCUUACUAGUUCUUGCUCUUGUUUAUUUCCACUUAUCUCCAUGGAGAAGUGGAACAGAAUUCUUCCUCCAUAAGAGCCAUGUGUGUCAUAAGAGGUGACUAAAAUGUCACAAGCAAGGGGCUAUAUUACUGAAUUUAAAAAGAAAAACUUUCCUUUUUCUUCUUGGGCCUUCUUGCCUCGGUGGAAUACAGCCGGUUUGUUGAAAGAAGAAGGCAUCUUUUCUUGUACCUAGCCUAUUCCACUUGUUUUACAUAUAUUGCCUGCCCUGUUUACCUCACUUGCUGUAUGCAAUAUAAAGUGUGUUUUGUGAUGUGAUCUCUGUGUACUUGAUUAAAGCUCUUUUUGUGAAAUACUGUACAAUAAAGGUUUUCAUAGAUA